GAUCAGCACACUCUCUGCCCUAAAAAUUUUCACUACCCACUAGGGGUAGGAUGCUAUGUGGAUGAAGCUUUUUCUUAAAGGUUGAUAGUAGAUGUGUUUAGAAGUUGGUGAAGUGGGUUUCUUCCAAAUGUUAAGAAAAUGUGGGCUUUUGUUCUGCUGAUGUCACUCCUAAGUCUCUCUGAGGGAACCAAGAAGAACACGGGCCCCCCUACUAAUACAGGGUUUCACUCUUUAAAGACAAAGAAACUGGACUCCGACAUUGCACAUUUUAAGCGAGAUGUUAGUAGUGGGCUGAAUGCAACAGUGAGCCAGGACACAGGAGGCGGCGGUCUGUCUAUAGACACAUUACCAGAGAACCAGACUCAGGUUUUGGAGGAUAGUCAUAACUUCUACACAAUGCGAGUGUAUAGCUUACUGGAUCCACAGGGUCAGGAGCUGUGGAAGGAGUUAAUGCAACAUGAAAACAGGACCAGAGUGCACAGCAUCCUCUCUAAUACACACAGGCAAGCUUCGAGAGUGCUCCUUUCUUUUGACUUUCCCUUCUAUGGACAUCCCAUACGUCAGAUCAUAAUAGCAACAGGAGGUUUUAUAUUCAUGGGUGAUGUUCUCCACCGUAUGCUGACAGCAACACAGUAUGUGGCCCCCCUAAUGGCAAAUUUUAACCCCAGUUUCUCCCGAAAUGCUAUAAUCAGCUACAGAGACAGUGGAACAGUUUUUGUGGUACAGUGGGAUAAUGUUCCUCUCCAUGAGAAAGAGGAUGCUGGUGCCUUCACCUUUCAGACUGCACUCUUUCAGGAUGGGCGCAUUGUGUUUGUGUACAAUAAGAUUCCUUUGCCUGUCCAGAACAUAAGUUCUGCACAGCACCCUGUGAAAGCUGGCCUCUCAGAUGCCUUCAUGUUGCUGAACCCUUUGCCUGAUGUACCAGAGUCACAGAGACGUACAAUAUACGAAUAUCACAGGGUACAGCUGGACCUUUCUAGAAUACGCAGCCAGACCGUUGUGGAAUUCAGACCCCUGCCAACCUGUGUACAACAAUCAAGCUGUGAGCAGUGUGUGAGCUCAGUACUGACCCUUAACUGCAGCUGGUGCCAUGUACUCCAGAGAUGUUCCAGUGGCUUUGAUCGAUAUCGUCAAGACUGGCUGACAUAUGGUUGCGCCCAGGAGCUUCCAUUCAGGUCAUGUGAAGACUUUACAACAGGUUUUCUGCCAGAAGAUACCUCAUCUGAUCUUAACCUGUUGUCUCCUACACCCUCAACAUUUUCUGAGGUCCUCACUACUGAAGAUGACACAAAGAUUGUUCAGUAUGCUGAUAAUGAGUUGCACAACAAAUUGCCUGUGCACUAUGGAACUAUUAUAGGAAUUGUACUGGCAGCACUGCUUAUAACCAUAAUUAUAAUAGCAGUUAUAUAUAUAAAUUGGCACACAGGCAAGAAAGGAAGACGCUGUUGUAUACAGUUGCAGAACCGUCCACAUCAUUGGGAGACAAUGAAGUUCAGUAAUGACAGAAAUCUUGCCAUAUACCGUGAGGUGGAUCCCACACCAGGAAAUGAAAAAGAAGACUUUAUGGAGACCGAACCAUGAGGGGAACCAGAAGAAAAAAGUGCGGGGGCAGGAUCCCCCUCCAGGGAACCUUAUUAUAGCUCAACAAUAUCAUCUGCACCCAGCAAGCAGUUUGUUUCAAGAUAUUUAUACAAACAAAAAUUAAGUAAAAAAGGAGAAAUGAUCUCUGUUUUUGCCUGUAGUCUCAAACAUGGACAGUGUUCCACUUCCAAUUCUUUACCAAUAUCCUGUAGGUCGCUGCAUAUCAAAGUUAUAAAUUAUUAAGCUCCCCUUCUUUGCUGGAGUUUAGGAAUAUUUUUUCUCGCCAUAAGUCUGCAGGUGAUUGCACUGUACCAGAAUACUGCAACUCUAGAGAAUGUCCCAUAUUGGAUUUGACAGAAAAUGACAGAACAUCACUCCAUCAGCCUUUCUAAAUACUUGCAAAACACUGCAUUGUAGAAGACAGACACCUGCAGAUGAUUGGACGGUAGAUAAUGCCUGGCACAAAUUAUAUAGAACUAUUUGAUUUCUAGGUUUAUUUAUCCUGCUUACAACCCUGUGAAUACACAAUACAGUGACUUAUAGAAAGCAAAAUAAAAACAGCAGCAAAUAUUGGUUGUUAAGCUAGAUGCACAUUUCUUGCUCAAGCACAGACUGUGUAUUAUAUGUUCUUUAUCUCUAAUUUAAUCAUGUGACUGAUGUCUUCUCAAAUCGCAUUAUAUUUAUACAGCGAGCAAUAAGUUAUCACAGGAGUGAGUAGGAGGACAAGUUUCCAAUCUCAGGGCAACAACUACCCCAAAUUCACUUUAUUUUUGUAUACUUUACUUACAUGUAUUAAGGGGAUUAACAAUGAAACGCAUGUCUUAGCUAAUUAUGUCUAGUUAUCACUGAGCUGGCUGCACGGCUUGUAGAAUCAGCAUGGGUUAAAACCUGCAGCAGAUGAACCUGCAAGCAAGCUGCUAUCCUUUCUCGUAACUCUUUCUAUGAAAUUGCUAUUUAGGUGUAUUGGUUUGGCCAGAAUUCUAUUCUUAGGGCUAGAUUUAAUAAAGCCCUACGGCUGCAAGUUCUCACAAGAACUUGCUCGCCGUCAUUUAUCAAGCAGCGGUCACCAGGCCGCCAUUUCCCUAACCUCUUCGCCACCUCUAAUGUGGCGAUAUUCAAUCUCCUCGGUCUAGUCAGACCGAGGAGAUUGACAGCUCCUGCCCGCGUGUGAUUGGCUGUGCGCAGGCAGGGGGCGGGAUUGCACGCGAGAGCAAAAUUGCGCUUGUGUACAAUGGCGAAUACCUGCGGGUAAUUUCGCCCCGCCACAGACGAGCUGAGGCAUACAGGGGCGUGUAUACGCGCCCCUGUCCACCUCAGCUUUAAUAAAUCUAGCCCUUAGUGCAUUGAUCUAGACAUGUAUUAUAAUAAUAAUGACAUUGUAUAAUGAAUUCAUUUGUUGGGCAAUUGCUAGCAGAUAAAGAAGAUAGAUGGUAUAUUGUAUUUAUUGUUUAAUUUAAUGUAAGCAAAGACAUGUGGAAGCUGAUAAAGUAAGAAUACAUUGCUUGCAGGCAUACAAUCUCAGUCUUCAAUUAAGGUGUCUAAUUCCAUUAGAUAUAUGUUAAUUGCAAUAGGUACCGGCCUGUGUGUCUGAGAGAUCAACAGCAUUUUAAUGCAGAAGGGGUUAAAGUAAUCAGAUUCCACUUAGUUUGAUCUGUGAUUGCCAGCAGCACUUGAUAGCUCUGUGCCAAAUAAUGCUCUCAGAAACAUGGAAUCCUAAUUAAGUUGGAAGUGGGUCAGGACAGGCAGUUAAAUAUUCCUCCAUCCGGUGCAACUGGCCUAAAUUACAAGUUUUUCCUCCUCCUCUUGGUUAUGUUUUGGAAAUCAUGACAGCUGAAUUGUCUCAAGUUCAGCUGGGGAAACUGGACAAUUUCUUCAUGUGGGAGGAAGGGUGGUUACUUUGUUAAGUUUCAUUGUUUUUAUGAGUCGGAACAUGACAAUAAAGAGUAAUGUAUGAUUUGUAAUAA